AUGGGGGUGAUCUGGGACCGGGUGUGGAAUUCCGUCAAGCAUACUUGGCUUCUCUACAAUGUGGUUGUGCCCGUGUAUAUGUGGUUUAGGGAGACCUGCGAUUCGGCUGUGUGUCCAAAAAUGAGGGCUCUACAACAAAUCCUCAACGAGGUGCGUCCACCAUCCACGAGGCUCGCAGGAAUCGAGUUUUUGGAAAAGAAGCAUAAUAUUAAGGCGAAAGCGGACGGCCGAGAUCGUUACGUGUUCGGCGUAGAUCUGGACGAGGUAUAUCCAGGCGUAUUCGUUGGCGACGAGGGGGCCGCGCGGAACGUGGAAUACCUCAAGUACCUGGGCAUCACGCACGUUCUCAACGCAGCUGAAGGUGUAGGAUUCGGCCAAGUGUCCACAUCCGCAGAGUUCUAUCGGCCUCACGGUCUGAGGUACAUGGGACUGAUGCUUGAAGAUGUUGCCAGUACAGACAUGGGUUCCCAAUUCGACCCUGCGUCAGAUUUCAUCGAAGGAGCUCUUUUGCAGAACGGCAAAAUCCUCGUCCACUGCCUGAUGGGUAUGUCUCGUUCUGCAACCCUUUCCGUGGGCUUCCUGAUGUUGCGGCGGGGGAUGACCGUAGAGCAGGCUCUCACUCAGGUUCGGCAGCAUCGAGGGGUACGGCCGAACAAUGGUUUCCUGAGUCAACUGAUUGAACUCGACAACCGGAUUCGGAGCGAGCAAGCCGUACUACACGAACAAUACGAGCACAUGAUGUGAAGGAACGACAAGAGCUGGGGAACACCUCCGAUUUGAUAUCGAGAGUACCAAUAUGUGAUGCUUCCGUGGAACAUAGCGUGCAAUAAUUCUAGUCACCCGACGAACAUGCUGAUAUCGGACGUUCCGGUAGGCGUGAUCGACGAGGAGCGUCCCCAUCACAGGAACCUGAACCCGGGGUUUUGUCCAUUGGCACCGUUGAUGCAUCAUCUUAUUGAUUUCUCUUCACCCCUGAACGGAAGUUCUCCGCGAGAAGUUGAAUUGAGGAUGGCCUUGUAAAAGAAAAACAACUCGAUGUGUUGUGCCUGUGACUCGAUGACGACGAGGCGAUUUACAUGGAGGGGUAAUAUUGAAUUUCCUAUGUACAUGGGUCACCGCUCCGGUAUAUAAUUCCAAACUCGGCGAUGAUCGAGCCGGAAAACUCGAUCCGAUCCUGAACGACUACUCACACGGCUCCGAUUUUUCCCGCAAUCGACCGCGAUUAAAGUAU